GUCGGGUUUUGGACCUGUGGAGACCCCUCGUCCACUUCUCCAGUUCCCACGAACGAAUGAAGGACUGAAGGAGAGCAGGAGACUCGGCAGUCGACGGACCACAAACGUGUCAGCGGCCAACGCACAGGGUCGCGCCGUCGCUGGGACGCAAGUCACGCAGCUAAGCAGUCAUUGAGGCAAUGAACUGACACAUUUCGAAUCUCGCAUCGCGCAGCCGGAAUAAAAUACAGCAAGCCGUAGCCCACGAGUCCAGAUGAGUAAAGAUGCUUAGUCGGAUAUGCAGACGUAGCUUCGGCUCUGCUUCUCAUCAUCCAUGGCUCUUUGUUGGGCUGGGCAAUCCUGGUGAUAAGUACAAGGGAACACGACACAAUGUUGGGUUUGAAAUGGUAGAUGUGUUUGCUGAGUCCCUUGGAAUCCCAAUGGAAGAUAUACACUGCAAAGCUAUAUUUGGGAAAGGUUUAGUCAAUGGAGUUCCAGUAUUUCUAGCCAAGCCCCAAACUUACAUGAAUUUGAGUGGUGAAUCUAGUGGACCACUUGCUGCAUAUUAUAAGCUCCCGCUCAACCGCGUGAUUGUGUUUCACGAUGAUAUGAAUUUGCCAUGUGGAGUGCUUCGUCUCAACCCUAAAGGAGGUCAUCAUAGUCACAAUGGGUUGAAGAGUGUGAUUUAUCAUUUUCGCGGAAACAAAGAGUUUCCUCGAUUAAGAAUAGGCAUUGGAAGACCUGCUGGUCAAAUGGACCCCAAAGCAUUCUUGCUUCAAAAGUUUAAUGAUACUGGGAGGGAACGGAUCGAUGUUGCCUUAAAAGAAGGGGUUGAUGCUUUGAAGCAACUUGUGUCCCAAGGCUUAACAGAGUCAGCAAGGUGCUUUAACACCCAGCAAAAGUACAAACAUAUCAGAUUGCAGACCGUCCCUGUAUGAUCACCAGAUUAUUGAAGGAAAAGUUUCUGAAUAAAGCAGAUAGAAAGUAUGUUGAUGUCCAAAGUUUGAUUCUAAUGGGAAGAGACGGAGAUGGAAGUUCGAAUUUGGUUCUCUCAAUUGCUCCCUACUUGCUCGUGAAAUUUUAGUUUGUUGUGUGUUAAGGAAAUACGUGAAGAUUUAUUUUUUCUGACACAUGUUUUGCUUGUAAUUGGUAUAGUUAUUUCUAUGAAAAUGCUAUGAUCUCAGACUAAGGCAUUCAUUUUUAUACUUCGUAUGUAAUUACGAUAGUAUUUCCUAAAUCCUAAUCUAGAAUUGAAAAAGUAUUUAAUGCUGAACGGAAUUGUACUGAA